CCUCUACCAUGGCCGAUGCAGAAUCACUUCCCGAGCCACCGCAGAGCAGCAGCGACGACGUGUUGGAGAUGAAAAGGGAUUUGGAGAGACUCAUAGAAGACACUGAAAAUUUAUCAGUGCAGCUCACCUGGAUGUGUUAUGACAUGGCGGCGCUGAAGACCAGUCCUGAGCUGUGGGACUCCAUGCAGAAAUUGGAAGAAGCCCAUCAUAAAUGCAGAGCAGUUGUGUGUGGAGACCAAGAGCAGGAGCCAGAGAUGGGCACAUGUCCUGAUCUUACUGUCAUAGCUACUACUCAGAUGUGAUGUCAAAGUUUACACAAGAAUACUGUACUAAACAGUAGGGACAAUGGCUGAUGGAGUAUUUAAAUCUUUUAAAGUAAAUGCUAAAGCUCUGUUUUCAUUUUUACUUGGAAGAAGCAGGUAUGUGGACUGAUUUUUCUGCUCUCUGGUGUAAAACAGUAUGUUUCAUUCAGUAAUGUGCAGACUGCAUCUCUUUGAUAGUUGUUACUUGAUGUUAGUAUGAUCUGCAAACUUUGUUUCGUAGGUACCAAAGUGUUUUGUUCUGCUCUGAUCUGUU